AUGAUCAGAUGGCUUCAGAACAGAGAACUAACUUCAAUUCACAGUGUUCCAUCUAUGGAUCUCAGUUGUGUGUUGAAACCUUAUCACUUACGACAGAUAUUGCCUCCGGACGCAUCAGAUGAUAUAUUUCUUGGUUUUUCAGCAGACGCUUGCUUCUUGAUUUCAUACAAAAAUGAUUUCAAACACCAUGUAAUUAGGUUUUGGCUCUUUCCACCACGUUCUACCGGAAAUCUUGGCCCGAAGCUUGCUCUGUAUAGUGAGAGAAAAUUCUUAAGAACAAGUUACUGCCCAGACCUUCAUAACGUUCCGUGUGUUAGGUUUGUACAGUCCCUUGCGGUUUCCAACUCCUUUUUACUUCUUGCAUGCAACAAUGACGGCAGUGGGUUUGUUGCUGCAUUUGGUCUUAUGCCAGAUAUAGAUUGUGAUAUCUGUUCCGAGGUAUCAUCUGCUCGUGAUCGCUUAUCUAAUAAAUCCACUUGCAGUAUUCAUUCGCACGUGCUACCUCUUAAUCUCGAUAUAUCUUUUGCUCAAGAAUCCCCCAUCCCAAUAAGAAGUAACAGAAAUUCUUUGAAAUUUCAGAAGACUUCAUAUCGGUGCACUUCUCAUUUCGUACCUCCAUGUUUAAGUUCAUUUGACGAGAACUCUUGUUCCAAUAACGCAGAUCUUUGUGGCGGCUCUUGUUUCACUUCGACUGGUUUGCCGAUUGGAAGGAUUCAUGUUGGUGUUUCUCCGAAUACUGGACAUUUACGAAUUGCGUGGGCUAAUCCAGAUGCACAAGUUAAAAUCAUGUCCUGUUCUUUCAAACCUACAAAUUCCGGUGACUUUUCCUUUUGCACAUUACCCAAGGGCACGUCCACAUCAAUCGGAAAUUACCCUGAAUCAUUGAUUUAUAAACCUCCUCUUAUCACACAUAAUUAUUGUUCAACGUGCUAUUCGUGGCCGGAUGAGAACGAAUUGUGUCAAGAAAAACAUAACUCCUCAGUAAUAUCUAGAUUAAAUUCUUCGAAAUGCAUUUUUUCCCAAGAUUCACUGAAUGUUUAUUUGGUUAGUGAUGCUUCAGCAUGGCCGGAUAAUCACUCAAAUCUACUUCCGGAUGGUGCUGAAAGGAUAUACCACAACUGUUCAGGAGAAAAAUAUUCUCACAAUAUUCAUUCAUCAAAGCUUUAUGUAAAAAGUAGGAUACUUCCAGACACUUGGGUCCCGUCACUGUUAUCCAGACGUUCAUGUUUCUUUUCAUGUAUUCUGCUGACAUAUCUUGCAAUGUUGCAAGAUAUUCGAGCUUCUUAUUUGCAUUGGACAUUAGUAUCACGUAAUAAUAGUAAGAUGAACUGUUUAAUUAAUUCAUCAGAUUUAAUGUAUCCUAUUUAUCAAAAUGAUCCUGUAGGUGAUUAUGAUAGUGAUUUGAAUGGAAAUAAUUCUUCCAUAUCUUCAUCACAUGGUAGUUCAGACGAUGAUGAAACUGCAGCCAUGGUAACUAGUCCAGAUAGUUUAGAUUCAAAUUCAUCUCCUGAAGAUUUAUUAGUUCAUCGACUUUCUGGUCAGUGUCACACUUCAUUUGAUCUUACAGAAUGGGAAGAGUAUAUAGCACCUAAUGUACAAACUGUUAUCAGUGAUGUGAAUUCAAAUUUUAGCAGAAUAAGUGAAAAAACACAACGUCGUGUGUUUGCGCAUUUGGAAGAGGUUGUAUUCGAUAUUCCACUUAAUAGGAUGCUUUAUGAAAAAAAAUGUACACAUAACAGUUCUUCUCCAAUACUUGCUCCUUUCUUCCCUCCUGACGAACCUGAUUUACUACUUGUUUACUAUAUCAAAAAUAAUCCUGAUUCGAAUUUAUACGAAACAUCUGAAGAGUUUAAUGCAGUAAAUCUUAUUGAAAUUAUAGAUGUAACUACUGGAUAUCGAAUUCCCAUACCAUCGAUAAAUCAAUCAUCCUGUGAGCAUACAUGUUCAACUGGAUUUAGUUCUUCUGUUCUCAAUAAGCUUACAUCUUGUUGUCCUCAAAACUACAAAGUUUCAUCAUCUCAUUACAGAAAAAAAUUGAUUCAUGAACUAAAUAAUUGUCUUAUGGCUGGGCGAUUAGAAAGUCUGAAAUUGUUAGUCGAUCCGCAAGGUGGCUAUUCUGUAUAUUGGUAG